AUGUGUUGUUGUCAUUGUUCAUCUCUAUAUCGAAAUUUACCUUUUUUCCAUGGUUUAACUGGUUUUCUUGAAAUGAUUCUUGGCAUAGUACGUAUUGCCGUAUUCUUUUCACCUCUACCAUCUGGUGUUCGUAAAAAAUAUACCGCGAAAUAUACUACUGCAUUUAUUAUUGAUUGGAUUAGUUCUGGUGUUCCAACAUUAAUUGGUUUAUUUACUGCUCUGAUUACUCUUCUCAUUCUAUUAAAAACCUGUAUUGCAUGUCUUAAAUCAUCCAACAAUCAAAACAAUGAAAGUAGUAGUAGCAAAGGUUUAACACGAAGAUUAUUUCAAAGUAAAAGUAUUCGACGUUUUCUUGUUAUUGAUUGUAAUUGUCCAUGGUACCGAGCACGACCACGACUUCGUUUUCAAAUUCGUUUUCUGUUGUUGGUUAUCUUUUUUAUUUUACGAAUAACUGCUAUUGGACUUUAUGCUACAGCUCCUUCAGAUGAUAAUGAUGGUGGAUUGCUUGCUACAGUCUGUGCAUUUUCAUUGAUUUUCAUUUUCAAUACUCUCUGUUUGGAUUUUUAUCGAUAUUGGGUUUGGUGGCAUUAUACACCACAACGUGAUAGUCGUUGUCAUUUAAAACCAAAUAAACAUGAAAGAUAUAUACCAUAUCAUAUGAUGGGUUUCUUUCGUAAUUCUGAGACAAUGGGAAAUCGACCAUGUACUGAUACUCCAUGUCGUAAAAAAACACUUGAUCAUAUUGCAGUUUUUCAUUCGACUGACUACCAGCCACAACCACGCUGGAGAGAUAUUCCAAAACCACCACUAGCUGAUCCGCAAAAAAGUAAAAUUCCUUGUAUUAAUUCGAAAGAAAUAGAUAAUCAACCACAUUAUAUUGGAUUUCAUACCACUGAUCCUGAUGCUGCUGUUUCUAUUGCUCAUAGUGAUUUUCGAACAGGUACUUGUGGAUGGAUUGGUGCCGGUGCUUAUUUUGCUCGAUCAGUUUCAGCAACUUGGGGAAAAGCAAAAAGUGAUGGAGGUGCUCAUAUUAUUGCUGAGGUUCGCAUGGGUAAAGUCUAUGAAGUGGAACGAGAUGUUAUUACCAAAGAUCAUCCAAGAUUUAAUGAGGAAAUAUAUAAUUAUGCUCAUCACUCAAAAUGGCAUGCUGAUUAUGACACCUGUUAUAUGAUUCAUAAUAAGGAGAUGAAAGAUGAAUUUGCGAUAAAAGAUCCUAAAUCACAAAUCGUUAAAUGGGUUAUUGUCAUUGAACCUGGCUUUGAUUCCAAAGUAAAAAAAUAUGGACUGCUCACUGAAUUUGAACAAACACGAUGUGGAUGUAUUUAA